AGGUGGUGUAUUGGUCAAACCACAUGGCGUAGUGGCAAAAAAUGGGAGCAUCUACGAUAGAUUUAAAGUUCAACUUAAAGGAAAAUUUUGCAGUUGAGACCAAGUAUCAAGCUUUCUAUACAGGAGGUCAUGUGCAGGUUACUCAUGAUGGUGACCACAUGUUCUGUGCAUGUGGAACCAAAGUUCAGAUUGUUUCAGUUGAAACUGGGAAAGUGGUGAAAACAAUUGGGACAGAUGAAAGUAGUGAUGAAUUAACAAGCUUUGUUGUGAGUAAUGAUGACAAAAUCUUGGUGACAGCUGGAAGAAGUGGACUUCUAAGACAGUGGGAUUGGAGGACUGGUACCAUAAUGCGAACAUGGAAAUCUAUUCAUGUUGGUCCUGUGGCAUGUAUGACAUUUGAUCCCACGUCUACUCUUUUGGCCACUGGAGGAAGUGACUCAACCAUCAAAGUGUGGGAUAUUAUCAAACAGUAUUGUACACAUAACCUUCGAGGAGCUCAAGGAGUGUUUAGCAUUGUUCAUUUUCACCCUAACAUCAGCAGACUGCAGAUGAUUGGAGCUGCUGACGACUACAAGAUCCACGUUUGGGAUCUGAACACAAGCAGACAGCUGGCUGUGCUGGAAGGGCACUGCAGUGUAGUAACAAGCCUUUCGUUUACUUCAGAUGGGAAUAAAAUGAUCAGUUCUGGUCGAGAUAAAGUGGUUUUAUUAUGGGAUAUGACAAGCUUUCAGUCUUUGAAGACUAUACCAGUUUAUGAGUCUGUGGAGUCUGUCAUUUUGGUGCCAGAAGACAGAAGAUUAUGCCAGAUUGGUGUCACCACUGACAACAUUUUCUUUAUUUCAGCUGGAGAGAAAGGAAUCUUACAAGUUUGGAAUGCACAGUCUGGUCAGCUUGUACAUAAACAGGAGAGCUGUCUUGUAGCAUCCUCGGGUGCUAAUUUACCUGAAGGUUCUCUCAUAAUGCAAGCAACUUACAAUGUUAAGCUCAACACAAUAAGUGUUGUGACUUACGAACACAACAUUGUCUUUUUUCGCCUUGAUGACUUUUCACUCAUAAAACAGUUUGUAGGAUACAAUGAUGAUAUCCUAGACAUCAAGUUUUUUGGGGCUGAAGAUACACACCUUGCUGUAGCCACCAACAGUUCAAACAUAAAAGUGUACAAACUGGAUACAUUUAGUUGCCAGCUUUUAAAGGGUCAUAUGGAUAUUGUUUUGGCUUUGGAUGUGUUUCCAAAAGACCCUUACAUGAUGGCAAGUUCUUCUAAGGAUAACUGUGUGAGGAUAUGGAAAAUGGACAGUGACUCGGGUGAAAUCACCUGUGUUUUUUCUGGAUGUGGUCAUACUCAUGCAGUUGGAACCAUCUCGUGUUCAAAACUAAGUAUGAAAUUUGUCGUCAGUGGAAGCCAAGAUACUACCCUGAAAGUCUGGAAUAUUCCUACCUCUAAGCAUCUGACAAACCAAUCAAAUCAUCCAGAAACCUUAUCUGCACUUUUUACUGAACAUGCCCAUGACAAGGACAUCAACUCUGUUGUUGUAGCUCCGAAUGAUAAACUAAUUGCUACAGGCUCACAAGAUAAAACAGCAAAAAUAUGGAAUUUGUCAGGUUUAAGUCUUCUUGGUGUGUUGAGAGGUCAUCGACGGGGAGUUUGGUGUGUUGUGUUUUCUCCUGUUGACCAAGUUCUAGCAACAUCUUCUGCUGAUGGAACAAUCAAGAUCUGGUCACUGACAGACUUCACCUGUGUCAUGACUUUUGAAGGACAUGAUAGUUCAGUAUUAAAAGUCACUUUUUUGAGCCGAGGAAUGCAGCUCUUGUCAAGUUCUUCGGAUGGUAACGUCAAGUUGUGGACUAUAAAAGUGAAUGAGUGUGUUAAGACACUUGACGAACACACCGAUAAAGUAUGGGCUCUCACAGCAUCCUCUAAUGAAGCAUUCAUUGCUACAGGAGGAGCAGAUUCAAACAUUAUUCUGUGGAAGGAUGUUACUGAGCAAGAUAAAGAAGAAGCCAGAAAAAAGGAAGAAAGUCUUAUUCUGCAGGAACAGAAACUAACCAACCUUAUUCAACAGAAAAAAUGGACAAAAGCUUUAAGCCUUGCCAUAACACUUGAACAGCCUUUUAGAGCCCUCAACAUAGUAAAAGAAAUUCUUACCGAAACACGAGGGAGAGAAGAUCUGGAAAAUGUAAUCAGUCAAAUGAGAGAAGAUCAGUUAGGAGUAUUGCUUCGGUUCUCAGUAACGUGGAACACUAACAGUAAACAUUGUGGAGCAGCUCAAACUGUCAUUUCAGUCAUUCUCAAAUCUUAUUCUGCUGAAGAGUUAUUAGAGUUUCCCGAGAUGAAAGAAAAUGUACAGUCCCUAUUACCAUACACGGAACGCCAUUUUCAAAGGAUGAAUCGACUGUUUCAACAAGCAACUUUUCUAGAUUAUAUGUGGCAAUGCAUGAAGCUAGGGGAGGAGAAGAGUAGCCUAUCAACAGUGGCAACAAGAAACGGCUCAGAAGAUAACACAAAUCUUCCAGAAGAAGGAUUUGUUAUAGACCAUCUCAAAUCUUCUGUUGUACCAGAGUUAAAUGAGGAUGAAGAUGAUUCAGAAGAAACAGAGGAUGAAAAACAAAUUGAAAACAUCAAACCCCUUUCAUUUUCCAAGCAAGGAAGUCAAAAGGAACCCAUUAAAAAAUUUAGCAAAGCAAAACCUAUUAACGGAAAUAACUUUUCCCAAAAACAUUAUUCAGGCAAAAAAGCAAACAACUUGAAAAGAAAAGCUUCCGUAAAAUCAUGUCAGCUUAAGGCCAAGUCGCAAGUUAAGAAAAGGGUCAACAAAAAAUCCAGUUAUUCCAAGUUUAAGACAUAGAAACUAUGAUUAAUAUUUUUUUUCUGUACAACAAAAUUAAAAAAGAUUGUAAUAGUCACUGUAUAUUUUCUUUUACAUUAUUUUUAAAUAAAAGAGAAAAC